AUGGCUUUAGGAAGCAUGUUCCCCCAUAACUCCAAGUUCAAGGUCCACAUAGUCCUUGUGGUGGUUUUACUUGUAUGGGGUGUUGUCAUUGGAGGUAGUAUUUUCUACUCUCGUUCCUCUAAGGUCAUUGAGCAUCAUACAAUACCUUCAGCCUUCACUGACUCCAAGUCAGAACUCGUGGACAACAUCUCCAAAGAAGAGGACUGUUCAAAGCGCCCAUAUAUUGUUGAACCCAAGGCACAAUUUGACGUAGCUAAGAAGAUAGCUUUUAUCUCUCGGCAUGUUGGAACUACUGCUGAUUUCAGAUAUAUGGCAUACCACCUUCAGCUCGAGAAUGUUGAAUUUUUAGACUGCAAAUCGUGGUUUGGUUUCAGAGAUACCAAAGAAAAAUAUGCCUCUUUAGUGAAAUCUGGGAAGAGAGAUGAAAUCUGUUCGCAGUACGAUGCUAUUUUCAUCUCUGAUACCUUGUCAGACGGAUGGCCAUUUAUAAUGGGAGAACACAAGUGUAAGAAUGUACACUUUGUUGUGACCAACAGAUUUGACUACGGAGUUCGUGACGACGAACAGAAAGACUUCCACGACGACGUGAGUAGAGCUUUAAACAGAAAAGAUGGCUACAACUUGAAAUUGGUGGUCAAUAAUCUUUUCGAGAUUCCAUUCAUGGAGAGUAGGGGUGUUGUCGUUCCUGAAAAGGAUAAGAGUCCGCUAAUUCGUCCAUUUGGAUUCACCACCCUCGCCGCCAGUAAAGAAGAAGUGAACAAAGAGCCUUGUCUUCUAAUCGGACGUGUGGACCAGGACAAAGAACUCAUGCAUCUGUUGGUUAAAAAACAUACUGGUCAUGACUGCAAGGUGUUGGUGGGUCAAUAUGGAGGUCCAAGAACUUUGAGUAGAUACCACUCUAUUGUGGUACAUUUGCCUUAUCAAGUUUCUAUCAUGAAAAUGUGGGAGAAUCUUAAUUACGGAACUUUAAUGGCUAUUCCAAGCCCCAAAUUCUUUACCAAGAUUUGCAACGAAAACACAUGUGGACAGACAGAGCACGUUUUUGAGACAAAGAAAGUGUUUAAAGAUACCUGGCAUGAGUAUGUUGAUUUCUACUUGCCUGGAUGGGAAAAAUGCUUUGUUCAAUUUGACAGCUGGGAUCACUUGAAGGAUAUUAUCGAAAAACGUGAAUACGUGAAUGAUAUCAACACCUGUCGUGACAUGAUGUUGGAUAUGAGAGAUGAAAACCUAAAGCAGUGGAAGAAGGUAUUCAACGACUUCCAGUAA